UUUUCAUUCUACGCUGUCAAGGUUUUUUCCCUCUCUUCCCUCUCUCUCGACGCCCGUGUCUUAUCGCUCCCUGCGAGCCAUACACACCCUGCAGCCACCGGGAGCGCAGGGUACGCAACAGCAGGAGCACCUACCCUGGUAGCAUACGCGGCGAGGUGAGACCGCAAACUGCGCAGCUUACUAUCGUUAAAGUUACCCGCGGCAGGCCGGACAGAGAUCGCGAAUUUGCUUGCAUCGCGGCUCCCGAGGAGAAGAGAAGACCGUGCCAACACAGCAGCAGACGGGGACGUGUGACCGGGUCUGCUUGGCACUCUUGCUCCACUCCCUGCUCCACCAAACCCCCGCUGCGCCUAAGAGGACGGGCAGAGGAGAUGCCGACGCCGCCGGGGCCCGUGUGGCCUGCGCAGACAGAGCCAGCGAGUAGCAAACGAAAACGAUUAGAAGGGGAAGGGCAAGGCCAAGGUGAAGAGCUUGACGAGGGAAAGAGGAGGAGGCGGAAGCGGCAGGUCAUCGCUGACCAGAGCGUUGUCGACAGCGCAAAGGCACGGUGCGAGAAUGCCUCAGGAAACGAGGUGCUGUCGUGCUUCCCGACCGCGGACGUGUCGAUACCGCAGCACCAGUGGGCGACCUUCGUCUGGAACUCCCGGACGCCAGGCUUCACCCAGUCGAACAAAGUCGACAUCUACCUCUUUCACGGAGACUCCCUCGCCCAAAUCUUCGUUAUGCGCGACAUCACCAACCCUCGCGGGCGAGCAGGCGCCGUAACUGCCCAGGUCAAUGACACCUGGUGGGGCGACCGUGGCGGAAACUGGGCGGGGACUAAUAUCAGCUACCCGUUCUACUGGGUCAUCGCCCGUGCCGGCGAAAGCCUUGACGACGGCACCAUACCCCCACAAACAACCUUCUCGGCCGUCCAAACCACCUUCGCUGACUCCAUCAUAUCCUCCCGCGCAUCCGCCUCGCGCUCCGCCUCUCUCGCCUCUCAACAGCAACAACAAACGAUGACCUCUGCACCUUCAGGCUCGCCGUCCGUGACCCCCGCGGGCGGUUUGCAGCACAGCGGGUCGACAUCCCAGUUCCCACGCUAUACCAUCGUCAUCAUCGUGGUCGGGAUCGUCGCCGUCGGGCUCAUCGUUGCCGGCAUGCUCUUUGCCAUAUACCGCCUGCGGCGCAAAGAGCGCGAGCGUGGCCUGGCGCGUAUGCGCUCGCCGCUCCCCGGCCCGGAUCCCGAGGAGAAGCCGGUCGUUGCCCCGUUGCCCGUGCCCAUCGCAGCCCCAGCGCCGGGGGUCCUCGCGCGGCAAAUGUCCGACCCGGAACCGCCCGUGGUCCUCCGGUCCGGCCCGCAGCGCACGACCUCGCCCGACAGCACGCACACGGCCAGCGUCAGCGGCUCGGGGCACCACGCGAAGCCGUUUUCAAGCGCAGACGCGGCGAUCAUGGCGCAGGCGUUCCGCGCAGGGCUGAGGUCACCGCCGCACGAGGAGGGGCACGUGCUCGGGGAGGACGACGAGGACGGGGUCGGCGUGGGGGAGGUGCGCAGCCGCAGUUCACGGUCGAGUGCACGUGGGUGGCGCGGCUCGAUGUCGGUGUCCGCGUCCUCGGAGGCGGGCCGGUAUUAG